AAGUUAGAUGCCUAAAUUUUUAUUAUAUUUUUUUAAUAAUGAGAUAUACUACUUCAUUUAUAGUUUUCUGUUUUCUCAUAUUCCUCCAAACAAACCUUGUUAAAGGACGAACGAUAAGAAUAUGUGACCGUAAGGUGGAGGGUAAUGGAACAUGUGGGCCUAACAGUAAUAAUAUAUGUUUAGACGAAUUUUGGAAAAAUCCUCCUUCUCCCAGAUUAGCAAAGAGUUUAGAAGGUUGCACAUGUGAACCCAGAGGUAAGAGACCAAAAUUCAAGGGGCUAUCUCAUGUGUGUUGGUGUUGUUGGAGUUAUAACUCGAGUAAUCCGGCCGGAUGAUUGAAGAAUUAGUCUCUUGAGACUACAUCAUUGUUUGUUUUGUUGUUGAUUUGGUGAAUAAGGCGAAGUUGUACGAAUUGAGCCGCGUUAGAUAAGUUAACUUUGUUAUCUUUGUUUUUUGUAUUUCUAUGUCUUGUAAGACUAUAUAAACCCAUUUCAAAUAUAAUUCUAAUAUAUAAGAUCAUUAUUUCUUAG